GAAAUACAGAGAAGAGAAAUUAAUAAAUUAAGAAUUAAAAAAUCAGCACAUUUUUAACAUGGGUUAAAUUAUAUAAUAUGGCCUAUAUAACCACCGUAAUUAAUUUGUUAGGUGAUACACAAAAGUAAGUCAGUUAAUAUACUAAAAGUAAAUAGUUGUCAAGCAAAUAUAUAUUUAUAAUAUAGAUAAUUUUCAUGAUAUUAUCAUGUAACGAUGGAAAUAUAAAUAGCUUAAAUAAUAAUAAACAUUUUCAAUAUAUAAAAACAAUUUUACUUAUAUUUUCCAAUUUUUGAGAAUAAAAAGAAAUAAAAUGGGAAAGAAAAAAGGUGCAAAAAAGAAAUCUAAAAAGGCAAAACCUGGGAAAUCAAAAAAAGGAGUUAAACCAAAAUUGCCUCCUCAACCACCACCACCACCACCAUCACCGCCGCCACCACCUCCAUCGCAAGGUGAAUUCAUAUGGAUUCAUAUUGGACAAGCUGGAGUUCAAGUGGGAUUAGCAUGCUGGGAAUUGUUUUGUCUUGAACAUGGAAUUAAUCUAGAUGGAACAAUUAGAGAACUAACAACAAAUUCUACAUCAAUGUUUUCUUUGUCACAAGACAAUUCUUAUGUACCUAGGGCUCUGAUUGUAGACACUGAACCUUCAGUUAUAGAUGCUUUAAAACGUGGAAGUUUUCAAAAGUUGUUUUCUGAUGAGAAUAUGAUAUCUGGAAAAGAAAGUGCAGCGAGUAACUAUGCAGUUGGAUAUUAUGGAGUCGGUAAAACACUUGCAUCAAAAGUUAUGGAUCAACUGACACGUUUAGCAGAAGAUUGUAAUUCAUUACAAGGUAUAGCUGUGUUUAGAUCAAUAAGUGGUGGUACUGGAUCUGGAAUGGGUUCUAGGAUCAUCGAAACUAUUAAAAAUGCAUAUCCUAACAAAACAAUUAUUGACUUAAACAUUUGUUCUUCAUCAGAAUUUUCAAAUUUUAUUGUGGAACCAUAUAAUACUGCCUUGGCAACUCAUCAUGUCUUAGAUAUAGUCAAUUGUUCUUUGCUCUUUGAUAACAAGUCAAUCUAUGAUAUAUGUAGCUCUAAAUUAGAUUUGCUUAAACCUACUUACUCAAACAUAAAUAGUAUUGUAGCACUAGUUACAUCGGGAGUUACUUCAUCACUCCGUUUUGAUGGUUCAAUGACAAGUAACAUUUCAAAAUUGUUAAACAAUUUAAUACCUCAACCCCGAUUGCAUUUUCCAUUAAUUUCAUACGCUCCCAUCACAAAAUGUGCCGGAAGUAUUUCAUCAGCCAGUACACAAUCAGCUGUUAUGAGCUUUGACAGUAAUUAUCAAAUGAUUAAACUUGAUCCCACACUGGGCAAAUAUUUGUCAAUCUGUAUGAUGUUCCGGGGAAAUUUAAAACCAACCAAUAUAAAUACAACCAUUGCUUUUCUUCAAAGAGAUCAUUCUAUUCCUGUAACACACAAUAUGAACUCUCCACUAUUCAAGUUUGGGCUAUGCAAUCUACCUCCUAUCACUGUGCCAGGUAGUGGAAUAUUUGCAGCUUCUACAGCAACCACAACAUUGUGCAACAAUACAGUUGUAAAACAGUAUUGGAUGAACACAAUGAAGAAUUACAAUAAAUUGUUGACCAAACGAGUAUUUUUACAUCAUUAUACGGGAGAGGGUAUGGAUGAAGUAAUUUUUGAUACAGCUAAUGAAAAUAUUUCAAAAUUAAUAGCAGAAUAUGAAGAAAUUGAAAAUUCUUAAUAUUUAAAUAAGGUUGUUUUGUAAAUGCAAUACUUGUAUUAUAUGUUUAAACAAUACAUUAUAUGUAUUCAUUUGUA